AUGCGGAAGGCGGCGGGAAAAGCGCCUCGUUUCCAGGUUGAGGGGAAUUUUCCCCCCGCCGCGCCUCGCCAGGUACCGGGGAGCGCGGAAGCAGAUGGCGCAGUUGACGCGGAUGGCGGGGAGGCUCCGCGACUUGGGCAGGCGGAACACGGCGGAAGGCAAGGUGCUAGCGGCGGGGCUUAUGGCGCACCGAAUGGCGGAAGAAUGUACGGCGAUGAGGGCUACGGCGCAACUGGCGGAGGGGGGUAUGGCGGGGGCGGCGGGUUUCCGCCUGACGAGAUUUACGGAGGGGGAGCUGGCGGGUACGGGGGCGGGGAAGAUGGCUGGGGGUACGGCGGAAGGUAUGGGGAAAGCUACCGGGGAGGAUACGGGGGGACCAUGGAGGCUGAGGCCGGGCAUGGCGGAGCAAUGGGAGCAGAAUGGGGAGAUGCGGAAGGAAGUGCAUGGGGGGCGAGGGGGGAAGGGGGAGUUCAUGGGGGCAUGGCGGGGGGCGGCGGGGAAGCCGUGGGGGGCGCGGUACGCCGUCAGGGAUAUGGGGGUAGGGGGCAGGCGCAAGGGGAAGGCGGGGAGGCGGAUGAGAAGGGAAAGAAGGGGGGAGGCUGGUGGCGGUUGUUCGGGGGAAGGAAGGGCGGAAGGGAGGAGAAAUGCGGGGACGUCGGGGGAGGCGAACAAAGGAGGUGGGAGGAAGGUGCGGGGGAAGGGGGGGAAGCGCAGCAGCAAUGGGGUGUUGGGGGGUAUAGGGGCUACCCAUUAGGCAUGAGAGGGGGAGAGGGGGAAUGGGGGUAUGGCAUGUACGGGGGGGAAGGAUAUGGCACACAUGGGGGAGGGGGUGGUGAGGUGUACGGGGCAGCGGGGUAUGGGACAGGGGUUUAUGGAGAAGGGGGAUAUGGGGCAAAUGGAUAUGGGGAUGGGGGAAAUGGGGCAUGGGGAUAUGGGGAAGGUAGAUAUGGUGAAGGGGAAUAUGGGGCAGGGGUGUAUGAGGCAGGGGGUUAUGGCGGUGUUGUGAGGGUAGAGGACGAAAUGGGAGGCAACGGGGUGGCAGAGCCGGGUGCUCCUCACGGCCCUGCUGCUGUUGCUGCUGCUGCUGCUGCUGCUGCUGCUGCUGCUGCUGCUGCUGCUGCUGCUGCUGCUGGUACUGGCGGUGGAGCAGAGCAGGCAAGGGGGGCAAGCGCGGGAGAUGCAGGGGGGGAAGAUGGGGGCGCAGCAGAGGCUGGGCAGGAGAGGCAUGGCGGUGCAGGCAGCAGAGGGGCGGGCGGCACGGCUGGAGGUGGGGGCGAGGGCAGGGGGUCGGAGGGCACAGACGCACUGGCAGGGACGGCGAGAGCAGGGGCGGAGACAUGGGGAGUGAAGGCGGCAAGGGCGGCAGGGGCAGGCGUGGCAGUGGAGGGCGUGAUGACCACGGGGCUGACGACCGCCGGGUUCAAGGUGCGGCUGCGGGGGCGGCCCGUGGUGCAUGGCAGGGCGUCGGGGUACGACGAUGACGAGGCGUGGAGCCCUGGGGGCGACCGCAGUGGCGCGGCAGGGUGGGGGGUUGAGGAGAGAGCGAGUGUGAAGGGAGGGGACGGGAGUGUGGGGGCGGGGGAAGCAGGGAGUGAGGAAGGGGAGGAGGACGGGGAUGGAGGGGAAGCAGGGAGUGGGGAAUCGGAGGAAGAGGGGAGUGUGGGUUCAGGAGAAGGAGAGGAGAGCAGCAAAGGGGAGGAGGGUAGCCAAGGGGAGCAGGGCAGCAGAAGGGGAAGCGAUGGUUCAUCAGAGGGGGAGGCGAGGGAGGGCGAGAGGGCAGGGGAGUCACGGCAGGAGUGGGGGUGUGAAGCCUCGCCAGGCGCGUGGGGGCAGUGCCCCUCUCCCGCGCCUCACCACUAUGCCUUUCAGCCCCACCCCGCCUUUCCGCAUUCCCAGCACCCCUGGGAGCACCAACACCCCAACGAGCAUUGGCAGUGGCUGGAGUUUGCGCGGUACAGCGGAGUGGCGCACGUGUUUUGGUACGACAUGGCGGACGACCCCCGGGACCGCAUGGAGGCGGCGUUGGAGCGGUACGAGCGGGGCGGCUUCAUCACGUACCACCACUUCCCCUCACUCGCACCCUCCCUGCCCGCCCACCACGGGGCCAGCCCCCGCGACCAGGCGUUGCACCACUGCCUCACGCACCACGGCACCUCAGCCGUGUGGCUGCUGCCACUCACCCCGGUGGACUACCUCUCUGUGCCGCCCGACAUCAAGCCGGGCUUCGCCGACCGCUUCCUGCGUGCCUACGAGGCCCGCCGCCCAUCUGCAUCCCAGCUGCUGCUGCAGACCUUUCUCUUUCUCGGCUCCUCCCAGAACUCCUCUGCUCUCCUCAUCCAGCGCUACAAGCGCCGCACUAACCACUCCGAUGGCGUGUCCCUCCAACCUCAGGCUCGGGUCGUGCCUGUAUUUCGGCCGAACCUGGUGGCCCGGGUGCUGUGGCGCAACCCGAGCCACCUGCUCAUGACAGGUGGCAGCACCAUGGCGCUGCCAGCUGGCGCGAUGCGGGUGAACCGAUUCGCGAGUGCGCUGCAGCAGAUGCCAGGCACAGGCACAGAGCGUGGGACGGACAUGGUAGUCGACACGUCACUGCAGCCAUUAGUGCCGGAGCUGGCGAUGAUGCUCGAGAGGAGCCAGCAGGCAGGCAGAAUCAAACUCCCAGGUGGCACUCUCGGUGGCUUAAACUGGUUCAGAAGCUGA